AUGGAGCAGCUCUCCACAAGAUGCCUCAUGGCUCAAGCUAAGUGCAGCAGUGUUGAGUUUCUGGAGUUCUUGUCAGAGUUCCACUACAACAAAAAUCAGGCCCACUUCUUUGUUCAGGAUGUUAGUGCUGCCUGUGCAUUAAAGAAAGUCAACUGCAAGAUUCAUGAUGAGAAAAACCAAAAGGUGUUUGUUUUUGUCAAUCUUUCUACUAAACCCCAGUCUAUGCAGAAAAUGUUGAAACCAAAAGAGAUGGCACAGCUACAGUUGACCCUGAACAAACGAUAUGAUGUCUCCCAGCAAGCUCUUGAUCUCCAGAGGCUCCGCUUUGACCCAGACUUGGUGAAACAUCAUAUUGAUAUAAUCCUGAAUCGAAGAAACUGCAUGGCUGCCACUCUGAAGAUCAUUGAAAGGAAUUUCCCUGAGCUAUUAUCUUUGAACUUGUGUGACAACAAACUGCACCAGCUAGAUGGCCUGCCUGACAUUAUAGAGAAGGCUCCCAAAGUCAAGACCCUGAACCUCUCCAAAAAUAAGCUGAAGUCAGCAUGGGAGUUGGGCAAGGUGAAAGGGCUUAAGCUCGAAGAGCUAUGGCUAGAAGGGAACCCCUUGUGCAGCACCUUCUCGGACCAGUCCGCCUAUGUAAGUACCAUCCGGGAAUAUUUCCCCAAGUUGUUACGCCUGGAUGGCCAGGAGUUAGGAUCUCCAAUUAUUAUUGGCAUUGAAGCCCCUGAGAUACUAAAACCUUGUAAGGAAAGCUAUAAAGGAUCUGAGACCAUAAAGAGUCUGGUACUUCAGUUCCUGCUUCAGUAUUACUUGAUCUAUGACUCUGAAGAUCGAAAGGGUCUCCUCAGUGUUUACCAUGACAAGGCCUGCUUCUCCCUGACCAUUACCCUCAACCCUGAGGACCCAGAACCGAGCAGCUUGGAAAAAUACUUCAAGGAUAGCAGGAAUAUAAAGAAUAUCAAGGACCCUCGCCUGAGGGUUCAGUUGCUGAAGCACACAAAACGUGAGAUUGUGGACUCCCUCAGUGUAUUGCCCAGAACUCAGCAUGACCUUAACUCCUAUGUGGUAGAUUUGUGCAUCCAGACGGAAAGGAUGCUCUUCUUUUCUGUCAAUGGAGUAUUUAAGGAAGUGGAAGGAGAGUCUCCAGGUUCUGUUCUUGCCUUCACCCGAACUUUCAUCUUGACUUCUUUCAGCAAUUCCAAGUAAGUGCUGUGUUGUGGGUGGGAGUACCCAUCCUGUCCUGG